AUGACUGGUCCAAAGGCUUACUUGAUCUACUCCAGCAGCGUGGCAGCUGGUGCCCAGAGUGGUAUUGAAGAAUGCAAAUACCAGUUUGCCUGGGACCGCUGGAACUGCCCUGAGAGAGCCCUGCAGCUGUCCAGCCAUGGCGGCCUUCGCAGUGCUAAUCGGGAGACAGCAUUUGUACAUGCCAUCAGUUCUGCCGGGGUUAUGUACACUCUGACUAGAAACUGCAGCCUUGGGGACUUCGACAACUGUGGCUGUGAUGACUCCCGCAACGGGCAGCUGGGGGGCCAAGGCUGGCUGUGGGGAGGCUGCAGCGACAACGUGGGCUUCGGAGAGGCAAUAUCCAAGCAGUUCGUCGAUGCCCUGGAGACAGGACAGGAUGCUCGGGCAGCCAUGAACCUGCACAACAACGAGGCUGGCCGCAAGGCGGUGAAGGGCACCAUGAAACGCACGUGUAAGUGCCACGGCGUGUCUGGCAGCUGCACCACGCAGACCUGCUGGCUGCAGCUGCCUGAGUUCCGAGAGGUGGGCGCGCACCUGAAAGAGAAGUACCACGCAGCUCUCAAGGUGGACCUGCUGCAGGGUGCUGGCAACAGCGCGGCGGGUCGCGGCGCCAUCGCAGACACCUUUCGCUCCAUCUCCACGAGGGAACUGGUGCACCUGGAGGACUCCCCAGACUACUGCCUGGAGAACAAAACGCUAGGACUGUUGGGCACCGAAGGCAGAGAGUGCCUGCGGCGCGGCCGGGCCCUGGGCCGCUGGGAGCGCCGAAGCUGCCGUCGGCUCUGCGGGGACUGUGGGCUAGCGGUGGAGGAGCGCCGCGCCGAGACCGUGUCCAGCUGCAACUGCAAGUUCCACUGGUGCUGCGCGGUCCGCUGCGAGCAGUGCCGCCGCCGGGUCACCAAGUACUUCUGCAGUCGCGCGGACCGGCCGCGGGGGGGCGCGGGGCACAAACCCGGGAGAAAACCCUAAGGGUCCCCUUGCCCACUCUCCCAAUUUGUCCUUGGCUUCUUUUAGAGACCCCAGUAGUAGAGGAAUCUAGGGAAUAGGGACCCCACACUACCAAGGCCAGGGAUCCCGAGAGGGAGAGAGACGCUGCAAUCUCUCCUGUACUUGCCACUUUCCAACCUGUUUCCACAAUUCCUCUGCUCUCUCCUCGUGCUGUCUGCAUCGUCUGCUCACCACACUUAGGUCUGAGAACCUUCUGUUCUGAGCUAUUGAUCUUCCUUGGAGUAGGAAGAGAAUAGGCGUUCCUCCUUCCGGUCCCAGCUGCCCUAACGCCUGGCCUAGCCCGUGGAGAGCUUAGGAACUGGAAGAACCCUUCCGAGAUAGGCAGGGCAGGGAAAACACGGCUUUUUUCUUUUACUUUUCUCCCCACCCUGCCCCCAUCCCCACCCCCUCAAUUUUCUGCUGCCAGCUCUCUGCCAUAGCCACAUCUUCUGUCUGCAGAGGCCCUCCUGUGCUUCUGAUUAUAGACUCCCCAGGAAUCUCUGCUUUCUCUUCCCCUUUUCCUUCCUUCCUUCCCUGAUGGGAUACUGAGGAAACUGACCCAGGAAAAAGCAUGUCUUUGGAGGUUGGUUCCUAGAGGCAGGGGUUGAAGAUGGCGGAAAUGGGAACCGUAGAAUGCUGACUUGCUGAAAACCAAGGGUGCCACUCAUCCUUGUGAUACCAUGUCUCUAAGGGACUUUGCCAGUGGGCAAUGACCUUUCUAGACAAUCCCCCAAGGUGCUCCAGACACAUACCCACAACAUCUAGGAAUGAUGUAAGGGCAGACUCAGUCAUCUCCUACCCUUUAAAGUACCUCCUCCCUGCUCCUAACCUAUAGCCUCCUAGCAACCAACUUUACCUCUUCUCUUUCCCCAAAGGAUCUUAUUCCCCUGAGCCAAGACUGAGAUAAAUAAAGCUAAUUUCCCAUUCAGACCCUGGUUUGCACCUCUGAAGACAGGUCAUGAGGAAGGAGAAGCUGGGACCCUUCCUUUUCACUAACCUGGUUCUCAAACAGGCAGGAUUCAGGCAUUGGAUACUUUCCUUCAAUACAUAAACUUCCUGCAACGAAACCGUUAAUAGGAAGUUCAGCACCUUGAACCUUAAUUUAUUGCAGUCACUGUGACAUGUGCCUUUUUUUCAGGUAUUGAACUUAUUCUUGGGGAUAUGGGGAAGAACGUGUAUAAGAUAUAACUUCUAGGUCCUCUCCUCCCUCCCACCUUGUUAGGAUACUAUCCUCCUGUGAGCCUCACUUCCCUGAUGGCCUAAGUAGUUAUCCUGGCCUGACAGAGGUUAAUCUGCCAAGGAUUAGUAAAUCAUCCCCAUAAAUCUUCCACUAAUACAUUCACUCAGUAGCUAAGACCUUGCUGCUCGUUGUGCUCGAGUCUUCUGGUUCUCUUCUCAGAAAGCAGCCAUACAACAGGAACUUGGUGAAACAGGGCUCUGGGAAGGGAAAAACUAAUCCCUGACAGACCCUCUGCAGCCCAAGGAGCUUGCCAGUCACCUCCCUUCCCCUCGGCUGGUCCUGGGUCAUAGGCACCGGGUAGCCCCGCAGCCCUUCUGGAGCAGAACUGAUCAAAUGCUAGACAACUUCAUCUCACCUCUUGUAGAGGAGGAGAAAGCACAGAGGAGGAGUGGCUCCAAGUGGGUGAAAUGGGUGGAGGCUCUAAAGGCCCACCAGUGACAGUGGAAAGGCUCCCAUAUUCCAAAUUGACACAAUGGCCAGGUCAGACCUCAAAUCCCUGGCCUCAUCCCUACACACCUUCUGGUCCCACUAACACUUCCGGAGGAGAGAGGUUCCCCUUCCCUCCUUACAGGGGACAUGCUUCCCUUCAGGGUCUCCUAGUGCUUCAUUUCCAGUUCCAUCAGCAAAAGGCCUUUUGCUCCUUCCCUCAGCUUUGAUCUGGGCCUCUUGAAUCUCCCAACUCGCCCUUCAUCCCUAAUCAAGCAGCAGCAUGUACUAACUUGGCUGUCUCACUUGGCACAAUUACUUGAUAGUGUACAGUAAGAAAAUCUGGCAAGGCAGCUAGAAAAUAUAAAAGUACAAUGUUGCAAAGGAAAGCUACAUUCUCCAGGAGGUCUCUUAGCAUACAAGUAGGAGAACUAUUGUGCUCCACAUUUGAUAACUCCAGGUCAGUACUUGAAACAUGUCAUGCUGCCAGAAAGUUCCUUCAUACGUUGUUUUGUAUUCCCAAAUGGGUAUGAUUGAUACCACAUUCAUUUGCAUCUAUAAAGAAAACAAUACUGAGCUACCUUAGAUCUGGCUUGCUUUUUUCCCCCUCUUGCGUUAUCUAUUCAUUCAUUUAUUCAUUCAACGAACACCAGAGUGGAAAUACAGU